UCGCUUCCCCGCCGCGCCCUCAGCCCAGGCUGCCUUGGGGGCUGGGCGCGGCACUUCCUGCUCCGGGGCCCCAGCGCCCCGCGCCCCCAGCCCGCGGUGACCCCGCGGUGGAAGCUGUCGGUGCUGCCGGGACGGGUGCUGGGGCCAUGCUUUCCGUUCGGGGCUGCGCUCCCCUCCCCAGGAAUCUGCUGCUCCCUUCCAAAAUAAUGGGCGUGGGGGCCGGCGGGGGGAGGAGUGUGUGGUUGUGUGUGUGUGGUUGUGUGUGUAGUAUGUAGUUGUAGGUGUGGAUGUGCAGCGUUGCACGCUGGCUCUGCAGUCAUCCCGGCUCGCAGGAGAUCCCCCCCGCCCCGUCCCUGUGCAGUUCCCACGUCUCAUGCCUUUGCCCUCCUCCCCCCUCCCCCAACCUCCCCUCUUCCUCUCCUUGGGGAGGCUGAACCCUUGCAUAGACUCGCCCUAAAAGAAUCUGAGCCGAGGGUUCCUAGAGAUGAAGAGACGGGGGAAACAGGUUUCCACUGCUCUUUGCUCGGAUUGGGGGCCGGUUGCCCUCUCGUCGUCGUCUGCGUUCCCUGAGCUGGGAGGCUCUCGCGGGAGUGGUGGCGGGUGUUCCUUAAAGGCUUGUCAGUCAGCUGCUGCUGGUUUGGACCAGGCUGGGCUUGGUUGCAGGUUGCCAGCUGAAUCUAGGUCUGCAGGACCAGGAACUAGCUGGUGCUUAUUCUUCUCAAGGUCCUGGGAGUUUACUCCGUGCAUCCGGGAGAUAGGAAAAGAGGAAACAAAUACAAGACUGCACUGGAGUUUUUAUGGACCAGUCUUAGAGCCAGCUGCCAUGUUGUGAGCAGUUCUACGGAGAGGACCACGAAGUGAGGGAGCGCCAGUCUGUGGCCAACAGCCAGUGAGGAGCUGAGGCGAUCAACAAGCGAGUUUGGAAGCAAGUCCUCCGGCCCCAGCUACCAGAAUUUCGGCGCUAGCUUUUGGAGCCAGAGACUGGAACAGGAAGAGGAGUGAGAAAAUGGGCGCUUGGUACUACUGGAAAUCCUGGUUUUAUAAGAAUCUGUGAGAGAAAAGGUUUGCGUGACAGAAGCGCUGAGGAGGAAGCCAGAAGCCAGCUGAACAGUGACCAGAAGCUAGCUCCGUCACUCUCCUCAGUUCAUGCUGUUACGUGCUUUCUGUCAGGAAUCAUUCACACAGGCAGCGGUUUUGCACCAGGCUCCCAGGAGCAAGCAGAGUGAAUUGAAUUCCUUCUUGUGGACCAUAAAGCGAGACCCGCCAUCUUACUUCUUUGGCACGAUCCACGUUCCAUACACCCGGGUUUGGGACUUUAUCCCGGACAACUCCAAGGAGGCUUUUCAGCAGAGCAGCAUUGUGUACUUUGAGCUGGACCUCACGGACCCCUACACUAUCUCGGCCCUCACCAGCUGUCAGAUGCUGCCGCAGGGCGAGAACCUCCAGGACGUGCUCCCCAGGGACAUCUACUGCCGCCUCAAGCGCCACCUAGAGUACGUCAAGCUCAUGAUGCCCUCGUGGAUGACCCCAGACCAGCGUGGCAAGGGGCUCUAUGCGGACUACCUCUUCAACGCCAUCGCGGGGAACUGGGAGCGGAAGAGGCCCGUCUGGGUGAUGCUCAUGGUCAACUCCCUGACCGAAGUGGACAUUAAGUCCCGUGGGGUGCCUGUCUUAGACCUGUACCUUGCCCAGGAGGCUGAGCGGCUGAGGAAACAGACUGGGGCCGUGGAAAAGGUGGAAGAGCAGUGCCAUCCACUGAAUGGGCUGAACUUUUCACAGGUCAUCUUUGCUUUGAACCAGACCCUCCUGCAGCAGGAGAGCCUUCGAGCAGGCAGCCUUCAGAUCCCCUACACGACAGAGGAUCUCAUCAAACACUAUAACUGUGGGGACCUCAGCUCCGUCAUCUUCAGCCAUGACAGCUCCCAGGGUAAGGACUUCCGGAAGGUCUUUGAGAGGCUACUGCAUGUGGGAGAAGCAGCCAGGGUUCCCAAUUUUAUUAACGCCACGCUGCCACCGCAGGAGCGCGUCACCGCCCAGGAGAUCGACAGCUACUUCCGCCAGGAGCUCAUCUACAAGCGGAAUGAGAGAAUGGGGAAGCGGGUGAAGGCCCUUUUGGAAGAGUUCCCGGACAAAGGCUUUUUCUUUGCCUUUGGAGCUGGUCAUUUCAUGGGCAACAAUACAGUGCUUGAUGUCUUGCGGCGCGAAGGCUAUGAGGUAGAACACGCCCCCGCUGGACGACCCAUCAACAAGGAGACGAGUAGAAGUCCCUUGUCGGGACCCGCCUCCUCUGCCAUCUUUGUUCCGGAAGUGCCUGCCUCAGAAGCGCGGGUACCGGAAGCUGGGUCUGCGGUUCACUCGCUGUGGCCUCCCCACGUGUCCCUGCCUGGAAGUGCCCACCUGGGAGGCGGAGCGGAGCGGAAGUUUCGGAAGAAACGGAGGCGGCAUCGGCCACAGCGAAAGCAGCGGCUUCGGCAGUUCAGCGAUCUGUGGGUCCGACUGGAGGAGAGUGCUGAGGUCCCACAGCUCCAGGUCCCUGUUCUGGAUAGGCACAUCUCUGCCGAGCUGCAGCUCCCUCGCCAUGGGCAUUCCCGCCACAGCCAGAUGGUAGCCAGCAGUGCCUGUCUGUCUCUCUGGACUCCUGUGUUCUGGGUGCUGGUGCUGGCUUUCCAAACAGAGACACCCCUCCUGCAAUGACGGGAGGAGCCAGGCCAGGCCCCUGACCCCUUGGACUUGAAGGAUGGCUAUUCCUGUACUCCACACCCUGUUCUGGCCUUGAUAGGUCCAACCCAGGAAAAGAGAGAAUAAACGUUGAUUCUUCUCUUUCCAAGGAACGACUCUGGGUUAUCCAGCAGUGCUGGGGGUAGGUGUACAGUUUUGUAACAUAAUGACUUGUAUGAAAAUAAUUGUAAAUGAAUUAUAUGGAAAUAAUUAAAUGUCUUUUCUUUGUA